CAAAGAGAUCAUAGUGUCCCAAACAUAGACAAAAGAGAGGCUUCUGUGCACAUAGAUAUAGCAUAUUUUCUAAUCUUAUUAUAAUAAUUUAAUACUGUAUAUUAUCACAGACCUACAAUGGGACAUCCAAACAAUGGUGUGGUAAUGUUCCAAACUUUGGACUAUGUGGUGUUUGCUUGCCUGUUUGUGGUAUCUUCUGGCAUUGGAGUCUUCUUUGCCAUAAAGGAAAGGAAAAAGGUUUCAUCGAACGAAUUCUUGGUUGGUGGACGGCAGUUGACCUGUGUUCCAGUGGCACUCUCUCUCACAGCCAGCUUCAUGUCAGCAGUGACUGUUAUUGGAACUCCCUCAGAUGUAUACCGCUUUGGAGCUGCAUUUAUUAUAUUUGGCAUUGCCUACAUAUUGAUGGUGGUCUUCACAGCAGAGCUCUUUCUCCCUGUGUUCUACCGGUCAGGUAUCACCAGCACAUAUGAGUAUCUCGAGCUACGCUUCUCCAAGAUAGUCCGUAUCGCUGCUACUGUCAUUUACACAGUGCAAACCAUUUUGUACACAGGAGUAGUGGUUUAUGCUCCAGCUUUAGCUCUGAAUCAAGUGACAGGUUUUAAUCUAUGGGGAUCCAUAUUUGCUACUGGAAUUGUCUGCACGUUCUACUGCACACUGGGAGGACUAAAGGCUGUAGUUUGGUCCGAUGCCUUCCAGAUGGUGGUGAUGGUGGCUGGUUUUCUUUCUGUGCUGGUACAAGGUACAAAUAAAAGUGGAGGAAUCAGUGCAGUAUGGGAGACAGCAAAGAAUGGACAGAGACUAAAUGCAUUUGACUUUGACCUCAGUCCUCUGAGACGACACACAUUCUGGACAGUCUCUGUUGGCGGCAUGUUUACAUGGCUGGGCAUCUACGGUGUAAACCAGUCCACCAUCCAACGCUGUAUUUCCUGUAAGACAGAGACCCAUGCUCGCAGUGCUCUAUAUCUAAAUCUGCUGGGUCUCUUGUUGAUUCUAUUCUGUGGCGUGGUCUCAGGACUCAUCAUGUACUCCUUCUACUCUGGUUGUGACCCCUGGUCAGCUGGCUUUGUGUCAGCUCCUGAUCAGCUUAUGCCAUAUUUUGUACUAGAAGUAUCGGGCAACUUUCCAGGUUUGCCUGGGCUGUAUGUGGCUUGUGCUUUUAGUGGGACCCUCAGCACAGUGGCUGCCAGUAUCAACGCUCUGGCCACAGUGACGUAUGAGGACUUUGUGAGUCAAUGUUUCAGAAACCUCUCUAACAAAGCAGCUAUGUGGAUAAGCAAAGCCUUGUGUGUGUUAUUUGGAGUGAUCUGUACCAGCAUGGCAGUAGCAGCAUCACACAUGGGGCCAAUUGUGCAGGCUGCUCUCAGCAUUCAUGGCAUGUGCGGAGGGCCGACGCUUGGUCUCUUCUCUUUAGGAAUUUUCUUCCCUUUCACAAACACUAUGGGGGCUGUUGGAGGUCUGAUACUGGGCAUUUCUGUGUCCUUCUGGGUGGGAGUGGGAGCCUUCAUUCACCCUGCUUUUCCCAACAGCACCCAUGCCCUGCCUCUGAGCACAGACACCUGUAACCUAGUGAACAUCACAGCUACAGCAGUUACUCAGACAGUCAGCUCAUACACAGGAUCUGUGCUGGCUGAGUACUGGUACUCCAUGUCCUAUCUAUACUUCAGUACAGUGGGUUUUCUUGCCACAGUUAUAGGAGGUCUGCUUAUCACAUUGAUAACAGGCCCCACUAAGCCACAGGACGUGAAGCCUGGGCUGAUCCGGCCAGUGUGUAACUUGUUCUGCUUUUGUUCAGAGAAAUACAAGACCAUGUGCUGGUGUGGUGUCAACCAUGCAGGACAGAGGGCAGAGGACAGAGUGGACUUGAAUGUUGCAGAUUUUGGAGCAGCAUGGGAGAAUAAUCCAGAUCAGAAAAAUGAAAUAAAUGGAAGCAAUCUGAAUAACAAGAUAAAUGAUGAGGCAUACAUGAACGCAGGUUUUGUCCCAGACAAAGAUAGCCAUGUUUUGUCAAAAAAAUUGUAACCUUGAAAAAUCUGUUUAGAAAAAUACUUUACAUUAUGUAAUCUACAAAGCAAAACAAAUGUUAUUUCAUAAAAGGAAAAAAAACACCAAUCAUGCUAGUUAAAAGAUACAGUCAAUGAUUUAUUACAGAAAAGAGUGAUAUCCAAACAUAUUCUUUUGAUUGUUUUUUUCUUUCUUUCUUUCUUUCUUUUUUUUUUUUACAAUUUUCAUAGUAUUUUUUAUUUUUAUUUUUACAUGUAAACAGGGAUGGUGUAAACAAAACACAUUGCUGAUAUUGUUUAUGUCACCAUAUUUAUCAAGUACAAAUCAGGAUGCACUGAAUGUGCUAUUGUACUGAAACAUUCUGUAUGGUACAUAUUGGGAUCCUUACUGGUCAUCACCAGCUCAUCUGAUGGGGUGAGGUCAGCAGGUGAUUAUAUACCUAAUCCUGUUAACUCAUUGAGUAAGCACAUGUUGCCUGAUGAUUUACCCAUCAUUAGUCAUUGCAAUUGUGCAUAUCUUACUAAUGCAUAAUGGAUUUCAAAUUUCACUAGUCAUUAUUUUCUCUAUGCAGUGUGAAAUAUCAAGUCAUAGCCAUUGCAUUUUAUAUGAUACAUGAACUGCACUCCAGUUUUAUUUUACUCAACUAAAGUUUGUCCAAAUAACAAGUGCUCCUUAAGAAGAAAAUAUAUUUUAAAUAUGGA